AUGGAGGAGUUUCAGAUUCCUAUAAUUUUAUUUUUUAAAGUUUACGGUCAACUUUUGAAUAAUGCGGUGAUGGUUCACUGUCGCAAACAAAUUACUCCAAAGCAGCAGAAGAAUAUUCUUAAUCUGAGGAGGAUAAUUGCGUUUUUUUGUUAUUUACCAGCAGUUGAAUCAGUUAUUUCGAAUAUAUUACAAACGUCAAUUUUGACAUAUCGUACUGUUGUUCUUCUUUGGGAUUUAUCAAAAGUUUUAUUUUAUCUUUCACUCAAGUAUCGCAUCAAAAAAACUAGUGUUUGA